AUGUCUGCCAAGAGCCAUGCGCCAUCCCGCGCCCGAGAGAGAGCUCAGAGGCCGUGCCCGGCGCUGCUUCUCGAUGCUGCUCCAUUGCCUCCUCCGCAUCCUGGUGAGUUCGCACGGAAUCUUCUUUGGAAACGCGGGCUCAUGGUCACGGACCGGAAGAUCGCUCUUGCACGUCUGCGCCGACGCUGUGUGCAGAGGGAGAACUGCUUCCCGCUUGGCCGCUUCGCAGAGCAGCAGGACCUCACAUGCGAACGUGGAAGGGGGAUUUGUUCGGCGACAAAGGAGCUGCCAGCCAUACUGAAGGAGUGGAAGGUGCUAAGACGGCAGCGAGGGGCAGCAACCUCUUAUGCACGCGAGCUCCGCAACUGCCAAGAAGGUGUUGAGGAGUUCCUGUCCGAUGCCACUGCGGCCAUGGCUCGGCUGCUGCACCGCUCGCCGGCAAAGCUCCGUCGGCGUGUGCACGCCGCAGUUCAAAGGGACUGGCAGGUGAUGCGGCCGCAGCACCAGCUGCUGUUCUUGGCCACCGCGGCUCAACGUGCCCUAGACCGCACCGAGCGGGUCGGCAUGGAGCUCGCCGUUUGCGAGACGCUCCAAAGCCGGUCGAGGCAGGUCUCUGAGUCCUCCUCGGGACUCCGACAGCUGUUGCAGAGGGCACCGGCCUCCAGCGAGCUUUACGGUGAAGGACCUGAUUCCACCUUCCGCCAUCCCUUCGUGAAGGAGCUGCUUCUGCGGGCACAAGCCCGGGUCUCUUGGGAGCCCUGGGUGAUCUGCGUGCGCAGCUACGCCAGGCCAAAGAGCCUGAUGUCGCAGACCAUGAAGGUCUUGCGAUGUUCCGGGCUGCUCGAAUACUGGGACCGAAUUCAUGUCUUCGUUUCACAUGAAGACCCUGACUUCCUAUCGGGGUGCUACGAGGAAGUAUUGGGGCAGCUACAUGACAGGAUCAUCGUGGGCGUCAAGGGCACGGACCUGGGCUGUGUUUCUGACAUGUUCAUGCUCUGCAAUGCUCUGCAUGGCAUAGGCGCCGACCUGCAGGUCCGCUUCAUCGAGGAAUGCUUUCUGCCGGGCCAGCACGUGAGGGCCUUGAGGGUGGUGGUUAUGGACGACAACUUGCUUCGCUUUGUCCGUCACGAGGCCGGCGAGGAGUUCCCUGGGGACCUCGUUGCGACGAUUGAGGCGGCUGCUGAGGCGAUGCAGCGCUUCCAAGCCCAUCUCUGGGGCAUCUCUCCGACCAGCAACAAGAAGUUCCUCAAGGAGGCACCUGAGAUUAGCACUGCUCUGGGUCUGGUGUACGGGGCCUUGUUCGGCUUUCGAGUCCUGCACGAUCCGGAUCUCUACACCCGUUUCGGCCAGGUGAAGGAUGAUUUGGAGCGUUCGCUCCGCUACUGGCAUCGUGAUGGCGUUGUCGUGAGAUUCCGGCGAAUGUCUUGCACGAAAGCCCAAAGACCUGGUGUCUACGCGAGCAGGAAGGGCGGCAUAUCCGCCAGCAUCGGUGAGACCGGACACAAGCUGCAGGGCGACUUCGCGCUUGCACGGCUCGCCGAGCGUUUCUCUCAGUACAUCCGCUUGCCAAAUCCGGAGAUCGAUCAGAAGAGGGACCCAACCACAGGAGCCUUUCUUACCCUCUCUAGCAAGAAGCCCUGCUGGAAGGCUGGAUCUCAUGUAGCGGAUGCUCGGACGCACAUGGACGUCAACAGAUUGUGGUGUGGUUUGGAUGCGGAAGAAAAGUUCAAAAAGUACCACGAUCCCCUGCGGGCCGUGGGCCUUGGCUCCCACAGGCUCUUCUUCCUGGAGGGCUUGGAGGGAGCCCGGGCAGCUGCGAGGCUCCCGGCUCUGGGGAGCCUCGAGGAGCGCGCCCUGCGAGCGUUGGAGCAGGAGUGGCGCCGGCUUCCUCGCCAGCAGAGGGCCGAGAUGAAGGCGCUGGCAGCACGAGACUUGGAGCAGAAGCAGUGGUGCCCCUGCGAGGCCUUUUUGGACACCAUCCCAGAGCUCCCAGCACCUUGCAGUCCGACACCGCAAGCGAGUGGCUCCUCUUACCUGACGUCGUGGGAUUUUGAUGCCAUGACCAUUGAUGCUCCUGUCGGCAUGUCGGAGCCGAGGUUCAAGUCUCGUCCCAUUCUGCAGGCCGUGAUGGCUGCGGAAGCUUCGCGACCCCCCAAGCUAGAGCUGGAAGAGGCGCAGGAGGAAGCCCAGGAGGAAGACCCAGCAGUUCUGAAAGCUCGCGCUGCCAGCUAUGGCAGAGCUCUGCAGCUUUGUGCUUGCUGCCCGGGCAAGGAGAAAGAGGGCCUGAAGUGGCUCGACGACAUGCAAGACAACAGGAAGUUGCAGAAGGAGAUCAGCAUGGCUGACCUCUUGGCAGCCUUGCACUUAUGCGAGGCUUGUGACGAGUCAUUGCUUCGAGUGUUUACGUUGCUCGUAGAGAUGCACGACAAGAACGGUUUCGUUCUCGACACGCCGCUGGAGUCUCACGAAGGCGAAGGACAGGAGGGCGUGUCCUGGCUUCUCGACCGAUUCGGGGAGGACGUGUGGGAAGCCCUGGAGCGCCAUGCGGACUCCUGGCUCCUUCCCGCGACUCAGAGCGCGGCUACAUGCGCGGCAUUCCGAAGGUGCAGUUCCGCGGUGCUGCGUCUGGGAAGUUUGCUCCGGAGACGGAGCCAACACAAACCAGAAGUCGAUGGCCUGGUGAAAAGCCAGUGGGUGCGGCCAAUUCUGGAGGCUUUGGACUCUCCGAGCCCGGCAGCGAUGGUGAAGCUGCGGGAGACUCCCGACCUUGGCGCCUUCACGGCUGAUGCUUUCAGGCAUCUUGGCAUUACUGUCAGCUCCUGCCUCAACUUCGGAAUAGCCUCAGUCAGUCCAGCGUCACGGAGCCAGCCUGGCAGGCCAUGCUGGACAAAUGGUCUCAGUGGUCCAGGCAGCCUAGCCUGGUUGGCCUAUGACUUGACAGAUCAGGCGGGCAGCCUGUGCUCCGAUGGUGAAGUGCAUCGUCUGGGCCUGAGCUCCGAGGAAAAGGGCGCUGCCGUUCACGCGGAGCGGGCCGCCCUGAUCGAAGCUCAGAACACGCAGCAGGGAGAGACUGUUAGCCUGCCGACCCGCCGGGCUUGCAGCAUGCCGACGAGCUAUAGACCCCCAGAGUUGAACUUGCCUUUUCUAGAUUCUAGUUGA